AUGACAAGCAACGUCGACCAGGCUGGGCCAGACGCUGGGCCGUCGCCAGAGGAAAGGAAGCAAGCUUCCGAAGAGUCUCUGCCACCGGACGAGGGUGCUACCCACACCGAGGACAGUGAAGUCGAGGCGAGUGCAUCCCAAGAAGCCGAGCCUGCAGCCACUGCGCAGCCAGACGAGGAGUCGCCGGCCGGCCAAGACGAGAAUCUCGGAGCAGGCGGCGUUCCAAUAUCGCCAAGUCUUUCGCCGUGGCCACUUUCUGACGAGCGAGGAGAUGCUGCCCAAGGCUCGGCCGUGGAAGAUGGCCCCGAAGAGAGCGACAGUUUGGCAGGUCAAGAGCGGCCGUCGUCUUCGCCCUCUGCUCCCUCCUGGGCAUCCACACUCACGCCACCAACAACGUCGCAGAGCGUCAGACGGCCCGUCAAGAGCGGCGUUGCUUCUACGCAAACAAAACAUGCCACGAACGGCCGAGGCGAUAUCCCGAGCUUUAGACGCCGGGAUGACGAGCAGAGCGCCGUUUUUCACGCUCCUCGCCCGCGCCGACGACCGAGUGCGCUCGACUAUCUAGUCGCCGACUCUCCGACGGGAAUACCGAGAGCGGCCCUCGAAACCAAGUAUCGCAGACUCGAAAUGCUGGCUCAUGACACGCCGGGGACCAAAAGCGCUCCGGCGCCGUCAGUCUUUCACGGACGCAGCGAUAGUCUGCCGCCUCUUCCUCCGCAUCAAGCGGACACGCCAUCGCAUGAGUACGGGUCGAGUUUCUCGUCCCUUGGGGAGCCUCUGACACCUCCAGGAGCCUAUCGCCAGCCGGUGCAGGCGCUCCCUCCCGCGUUUGGGUCGCCGCCCAUGACACACGGGGCGGCUGCAAUGCCAGAUGGCCCGCCUCAGCAUGUGCGUCCUGGCAUGUUCCAGCCAAACUACAGCGGCGACAAGACUCCCAUGAGCGGCUACGAACUCCUCGCGGCCAAACUGGUCGGUGGUUUGGGGGGUCCACCAGUGUCGCCCAUCUACCGGCGGUUCGAGGCGUUGAACCACCGGCUGUUGCUGUAUCUGCAAGCCGACUUGGUUGACCUCGAGGCCGAGCUGGGCUCCCUGGACAGGAAGGAUACCGUGGACCGCGGCUGCGGACUCAUUCCCGCGUCGCGACGACACGAGCGCUGGUCCAACACGGCUGUGUCGCAGCAGAGGACGGAGAUUCUUGGUCAGAUUGGCUAUAAGCUGAGCCAGUACAACAAGCUGAUCACGUCGUUUCGGCGUGUUCAGGACCUUCCUGCGGCCAAUCUGGAUGAGACGCAGAGCUACAGGUCCUGGCUGAACCGCAACAGGCUUAUAGUUGAGGACGAGACCAAGUUCCUCGACCUCGGCGACGAUCUUGUGUGCCUUAUGAGAGACGGCGCCGCCGGAGAUGGCGCACUGGAUGAUGGUGUGACGCCCAUGCCUCGAACGGCAGAAGAACUUGCAUUUCCCACCAGCGACCGCAAACCUCCCGUGUCCGACGCGGGCAGUUUUGCUUUCGACGUCAAGAGCGACCGCGGACUGCAUCAGGGCGUGUUGAGGUCCAGCGUGUCGCAACUCGUGCUCUCCAUUUUCAUCGCGCUGUUCGUGCCCAUCGCGACAUUCACGGUCGUACCCACGUUCGCAGGACGUGUCGUCGUCGUGGUGCUGACGGGGACGACGGUCGCGACGGUGGAGGGCCAGUCUCUUGCGCCGUUGCUGGAUGUUCGGCCAUGGGACUGGGUGCUCUGCGGCGGAAUCUACUGCGGCGCCAUGAUGCUGGUGGCGGCGGUGCUGGGGUGA